CAACAGAGGGAUCGAUAUAGUGGGGAGAUAAAGUCCCAUAAGCCUCUAGUGUUGCCAUAUUUUUCAAACCUGGAUACUCCAGAUUUCAUCCAUCUCCCCGAAGUGCCUUUUCGCUGUUACUCGCCAAGAUGCCCAAAGGAUUCCUGGUAAAAAGAAACAAGAAAUCUGCACAUGUUUCCUACAGGACUCGGUCAGACGAUGAUGACCUCCAGGAGCCACCCACCCCAGCUGCCUUGCCGAGUCAGACGGACCCCUCCCCGCCGAUGUCCGUGGCGUCCAGUCCGGACCGCGCCUCGGCAUCGCCGGAUUUCACCGCAGCUGACGCGCCGGUGCCAAGAAUGGAGAAGCCGGCACAGUUCGGUAACCCAGAAACGGUGUGCCAAGCCCUCUACAGCCCCACCCGGCCCAUUAGCAAAGAGCACGACAGGGGAUAUUUUGAGCGAAGUUUCAAUCUGGGCUCGCCGAUUUCUGCCGAGUCAUUCCCAACACCCGCCUCCCUCUCCGGUCUGGAUCAUCUUCUGUACGCCCCGGUCGAUCUGAAAAUCGGCACCAGCAACAGCAGCCGCAGCGGCACCACCACCAGCAGCCUCCCGGGACCAAGCAACCGGGUCGGCACCAAAAGACCCUCAGCUGAUGGAACGGAGCGCAAAUCUAAACCCGCCUCCAAAAAACCCAAAGCCAUUAGAAAACUCAACUUUGAAGACGAGGUGACGACUUCACCGGUACUUGGUCUCAAAAUCAAAGAGGGGCCGGUGGACGUGAAGCCGAGGGCUCAGUCCUCCGGAGGAAACAAACCUUUGGGGGAGUUUGUGUGCCAGCUGUGCAAGGAGGCGUACGCGGAUCCCUUCUCCCUGGCUCAGCACAAGUGCUCCCGCAUAGUCAGGGUCGAGUACCGGUGUCCUGAGUGCGAUAAGAUGUUCAGCUGCCCGGCAAACCUCGCCUCUCACCGCCGUUGGCACAAACCCCGGACCACCGGCGCGCCGGCGAUGCCACCCGCACAGGGCAUCAAACCCGAAAUGGCCAAAAUGCCACCGCUAGGUGUCAAGUCAGUCUCCGACGAAGCCAAAGACAUGAGUGACAGAGACACCCCGAGUCCAGGUCUGUCUGAAUCGGGUUCUGAAGAUGGCUCAUAUGACUGCCAUUUCUGCGGGAAGCGCUUUAAGCGACAGGCGUGCCUAAGAAAACACGUCAUGGGACACCAGGCCCUGCAAAAGAAAGUGCUAGAGGAGCACGGGUUUCAAACCAGCGACCGCCCGGCAGAGCAGACUCCGGAGUCCGCCUCCUCUUCAGCAUCAGCAUCAUCCCCAUCCUCAGAGGAAGCCUCAAACCAAAGCCCCCUCAAUCUGAGCCCGGUGGACUGCCUCCUGUGCCCGGUGUGCCGGGAGAGUUUCACCAGCAGGGCCGGUCAGGAGAGACACCUGCGCCUCAUGCACUCCUCCCAGAUUUACCCGUGCAAAUACUGCCCCGCCACUCUCUACAGCUCGCCGGGGCUCACCAGGCACAUAAACAAGUGCCACCCCUCGGAGAACAGGCAGGUGAUCCUGCUCCAAAUGCCGGUGCGCCCCGCCUGCUAAAGACAACACAGAACUCGUGCCUUUGAUGGGGGAAAAUUCAGAAAUUAAAAAAAAAAAAAGUGGAUCUGGGGUUUAAAAAACGUAAAAAAAAAAAAAACAAACAAAAAAGAAAAUUUUGUAAUGCUCACUGCCAUAACUUUAGGCCAAUGAAAGGCAGGGCGGUUUAAUGUUUAAGUGGUGUCUUUUCCAUGCCAAUCAGUGAUUGUUGAACGCUUCUCUCUAUAUUUGAAUUACAUAUAGGCCUAUUUUGAGAUUUUUCUUUCUCAAAUUAGUUUAUCAAGAUGAAAAAAAAUUACAAAGCGUUAGUUUGACUGUUAAAGGUAUUUUUCUAGGACAGCACAUGUUCAAUGAUAGCUUCUAGACCUAAGAAAUGUUUUCAGUUUCUCAGAAAUCCUUUUUUUCCCAUCAGUCUGUUGACUUCACCGACCGUGAUGCUCCGUCACUGUAGCUUUACGCUAGUUUGUGAAUGACUCACUUUGUCUUGAUGGAAAAAAUUAUGAGUGACUGAGGAAUUCCCUGUUUAGUAGAACCACAAAUGCCUUUAGUAUACAAAUAAGCCUAGUCCGAAAUAGCCUACGUACACAUCCAAAUCCCGCUGUAUAACUGCCUUAAAAAAAAGAAAAAGUCAACAUAGAUUGUUUUAAUUUGAAUGCUGGCACAUAUUUUAUUAUUAUUCUUGAAGAUUGUUGCAAUAUUUGUCAUCAUAUGUUUAUUUAUUUAUUUAUUCUAAUUAUUUUAUGUAACUUAUUGCUGUGUUUGUUGUGAUUUUUUUCCCCCUGUGAAUCGUUCUGGCAGUUUACAUGUCGUAUAGCCAAAUCUUUGUUUUUUGUUUUUCUUUUGUCAAAUUUAUGAGUUGUGAUAAAUGUCGUGGGUCGGGUUUUAAUCCCCAAUCCCGACGGCUCUUGUAAAAAAUAAACAAACAUAAAAAAAAUAAAUUAAAAAAAAAAAGAGGACAAACGUAAAGCUCUUACCUUAGAUGCAAUCUUUUUUAAGGACAAGUUAUUUUCCUAAAUGUUGGCUUUUAUAGCGCUUUGAUUGUAUGUGUAUAUCGUUGUUGUCUAUCGAAAUAAAAAAUAUUUUCAAAAGGA